GAAUUGAGGACUCUGAAGCGUGUCAACAAUGAUCAUGAAGGAUCUCCCAUUGCCAGAGUAAGAAGCUCUGUGAAACGGCGUAGGAUAAUCGUAUCGUCAGAUGAGGAAGAUGACGGCGAGAACGUCCUAUCAGUAAGAACUCCGCCUUCAUCAUUUAAGGUUGCCUUCAUAGAUCCAGAGAAAAUUCGCGAUGCGCAAGGGCAUCGCCCAGAUGACGAUGAUUAUGAUCCGUCGACACUCCUUGUUCCUAGCCAGUUCUUGAAAGAGCAGACAGGAGCUCAUGUACAGUGGUGGAACUUCAAGAGCAAAAACUUUGACACUCUGUUGUUUUUCAAGGUUGGAAAGUUUUAUGAGACUUUCCACAUGGACGCUGUUAUUGCCGUAGAAUGCUUAGGACUUACCUUCAUGCGGGGAAAUUAUGCCCAUGCAGGUUUUCCUGAGGCUGCGUAUGGAAAAUUUGCUGAUCAGUUGGUAUCACGUGGAUACAAAGUUGCUCGUGUAGAACAAACCGAAACACCUCAGCAGCUAGAAGAGCGGAAUAAACAAUCACGUGGGGCGAAAGAGAAGGUCGUUCGUCGAGAAAUAUGUCGGGUGACAACGAGCGGAACACGCACUUAUGCAGUAAUCGAUGGUUGCAACUUGUACGGAGGAGAAACGGACAACGGGGAAACUCAAUCCAAAUAUUUAUUUAGCAUAAAGGAAAUGGUCUGUGACCAAGGCUCAACUUUCGGUAUUUGUUUCGUCGACACUUCCGUUGGAAAGUUCUUCGUGGGAGAAUUUUGUGACGAUGAUUAUAAUUCUUUCUUACGUACGGUUAUCGCUAACUUUACACCAGUUCAGGUUUUGUUUGAAAGAGGACGUUUAUCGUCACAGUGCAAGACUAUUCUGAACGGUGUUCUUGGUUCAGUGCAAAAAGAAGUACUGAUCCCUAAAAAACAGUUCUAUGACGCUGAGGAGACCUUGAAACUUCUAUCUAACGAUAAGUACCUUGGAGCUGAUUUCUCGAAAUGGCCUGAGACACUGCGAAAACUGCUUGACCCUGAUUCCGUCAUAGCGAGACCAAACGCCAAUUCUCAUCUGGCUCUCAGUGCACUAGGAGCUGUGUUUUAUCUGCAACGGUGUUUGAUAGACGUUGACAUGGUGACAAUGCAUGACUUUUCUUUACUCGAGCCGUUGGAGCAGAGCCCAGUUCAAAAACCAUCGCAAGGAAGCGUUUGGGCAAAUCGACAAAUGAUACUGGAUGGUAUCACCCUGGAGAAUCUCAAUCUCGUACCGGGCGAUAAUCGCGAUUCACAAGCUGCUUCACUAUCGCUUUAUAGUACUGUGAACAAGUGCCAGACUGCCUUUGGGAAGCGAUUAUUGCGGCAAUGGAUAUGUUCUCCAACUUGUGAUAUGACUGUAUUGAGAGAUCGCCAAGACGCUAUCGAGUAUCUGAUGGAUUCUUGUAAUGUUAGAUUUGUAGAAAAAGCUGGAGAAAUGCUCCGAUCAUUGCCUGAUCUCGAAAGGCUUCUGCAGAAGAUUCAUACAAUGGGUCUAAAAUAUCGUGCAGAAUCACAUCCAGAUAGUCGGGCCGUCAUGUUUGAAGCAAAAAACUACAGUAAACGAAAAAUCAAAGAUCUCUUGAACACGUUGGCUGGAUUCAAAGUCUGCAAUGAUCUCAUUAAUCUUUAUACAAGAAUACGUCAGAAUGGAAAUGGUUGCCUUGGAUCUGAUAAAGAUGAUCUCGGAGCUCAUUUGGAACAUUUUGAGAAGUUAUUCAAUCACAAUGUUGCGGAAAAGGAGGGAAUGAUCGUACCGGAGAAGGGGCAAGAUGAGGAAUACGAUGGUGCUUGUAAAGCUGUGAAUGAAGCCAUGGCCCAGUUGGAAGUCUAUAGGAGGCAAACAGAGGAAAAACUUCAUUGUAAAAUUACAUUUUUCGGAAGUGGCAACAAGCGAUUUCAAAUGGAAAUGCCAGAAAACGUCAGCGUUCCACGUUACUUUGAAUUGAAGUCUCGUCGAAAGGGGUUCAAACGGUAUUCCACUGAAGAACUCGAUCAACUUAUUGAAGAGCUGGGAAGAGCCGAAGCCCGCAAAGAAUUGCUACGAGAGGAUGGAACGCGUCGAGUGUUCUCCGAUUUCGACACGAGGAAUGUAUGGUCAGAUGUGCUAAAUCGCAUUGCCCAAGUGGACGUUCUCUUGUCAUUGGCUCGGUAUUGUCAGACAUGCGGCCUAGCCCUUUGCCGUCCUGAAUUUGUUUGCGAUUCUGACGAGCCCGUGCUCUCCAUUGAAGAAGGUUAUCAUCCUUGUCUGGCGAUAAAACUACCCACAAAUGAUGCCACAAGCGCUUGCUCCUACAUAGCAAAUGAUUCCCAACUUGGAGGUGGGCAUCCACGAACUGUAUUGCUCACAGGACCCAACAUGGGUGGAAAAUCCACGCUUAUGAGACAGGUUGCUGUACUGACAGUGUUGGCCCAUAUGGGUUCGUUCGUGCCAGCGAGGUCCAUGAAACUGUCUCCAGUGGAUCGAAUUUUCACGAGAAUCGGUGCAAAUGAUCGUUUGAUUUGCGGUCAGUCGACGUUUUUCGUUGAACUUCGAGAAACACUUGUAAUUCUGCGAAACGCUACGAAACACUCUCUCGUUCUUAUUGAUGAGCUUGGAAGGGGAACAAGCACAUUUGAUGGCACAGCGAUCGCUUCCGCGGUACUAUCGGACGUCUCCCGCCGUCUGCAGUGUCGUUCAUUCUUCUCAACGCAUUAUCAUUCCCUUUGCAAAACUGCAGCGGUCAAUCCGAACAUCGCACUUGCCCAUAUGGCAUGUAUGGUGGAGAACGAAAACGAAGCGAAUCCUACCGAAGAAUGUGUGACGUUCCUCUAUCGUCUGACUGAUGGAGUUUGUCCCAAAUCAUACGGAUUCUUUGCGGCUCGUCUAGCUGGUGUACGACCGGAGGUAGUAAAGGAAGCGUACGAAGCUAGUCGUGUAUUGUUCGACUCGGUAAAUCGUAAGAAAAUGGCGAUCGCUGCGAUCAAAGAAGUUGCUCGCGGUGGAGGAUCCAUUGAACAAUUACGUGAAAUGAUCAGUGCCCUAUAA